UUUGCCGUAUGGUUGCUCGUGAAAAGUGCGCUGUGAAUUAAAAAGUAUUAUUUAAUGUUUCCGUAUUAAAUUCAAAUGUUAUAAAAACAAUAAAGCGCGACGAAACCAAGUGCAUAAACUACAUUGUACCAGUCAGAAGGAUUGAUGCUUAAAGCCAGCAUUGUAUAUUGCAAUUGAUUCUACAGAUUAUAAUGAACACUGACGAUCUGGAGGAUACUCAUCUGUGCAUCAAGUGCAAUGCCACGAUACUCGGACUCACAAAGUACAUCGAGCACCGGAAACGGAACUGUCUCCUCACAGAGAAGCAAAUUGCGACGCCAACAACAGAAGGACCGACCACCACCUCCACUCCCACCCAAGUAUCGCCGACGAUUAUCAGUAGCAGCAACUUGGAUCACACAUACGAUGGCUUCCAUUUCGCGGAGCCCGAGGCUCCAAGCAGCUAUCUCCGAAAGACUGCAGCCAGUCAUGGAGGAAAGGCCUCAAAAUCCUUGACGGAGGCCUAUGACCUACCCUACGAACUUGGCGCUGAUCUGUUCUUCUCCUCACUGCAACUGCAGAGCGUGUCGACGGGUGGGAAGACGGGAUCUGUGGCUCGCCAGGAGAGAAGCAAGGAUGAAGUCUGGCCAGCACCGAGUGGCGAUCCCUUGCUGAAAGCCGUUAGGGAGCACGAUGAGACGGUGUUCAAGCCCCUCAACUUUGAUCAUGACUCCCCGGAGGGCAGUGAGGAAGAGGAGGACGAGGAGGAGCACGAUGACUUUGAGGCGGACGAUGAUGAGGAGGAGUGCCACUCGCCGCCCACUGUGCCCGCCACCCACACGGGUGGCAAGUGGAAGCCGGAGCACCGACCGCAACUGCGACACCCGCACAUUGAACGCCUCUCGCCCAGUUGGGAUGAGCCCGGCGAGGAGAACUACACCCAUCCCCCCGAGGAUCAUACGAAGGGCAAAUGGGUGCCGGGCAGCAAACAGUUGGAGUAUCGCGAGAACAUAGAUCUGACAAAGCUGGAGCAGCCGGGCGCUAGUUAUUGGUGCAACAUCUGCUGCAGGCGACUGAAGAGUCGCCUCAACUACGAGCAGCACUUGCGUAGUGGCUACCAUGUGAAAAGAGCCGAUGCCGAGUGCCACCUGGAGCAGGCCAGGCUGGGCAGCGAGCUCAACCUGAGCAAGGAUUUUGUGGACUCAGUGGAGCAGACGGGUGAGCAGAAGAAGAAGGAAUCGAAGUCCCCGAAAAGACAGAGGAGAGCCAAUCUGCUGCGAUGCGAUCUCUGCCGCCACACGAUGGCCAGACACCUGAUGGGCAAGCACUUGAUUUCGCACUAUCACUACCGCAGGCUGCAGCAGCAGAGUCGCGUGAGGAGACAGAGUUGCCUGCAGGAGAUACUCAGCCACAUGGGCAGCAUAGUGAGGCAAUCGCCCUUCCAGUGCCUGCCCUGCAGAUUCUACGCCAACACCGAGGAGGCGUUCCUCCAGCACUGGCAGUCGCAGGAGCACUCGGAACUCACGGAAAGUCUGGGGGGAUCCUUUUGGUGUGGCUACUGCCAGUUCGAGUGCGAGAACAAUGCAUCGAUGUGGCUUCACCUGCUGCAUCCCUCGCAUAAGGAGGUGCUCCUGGCGCUCAACAGAUCGGUUCCCAUAUGCAUAGCCCAAAGGAGACGCCUCGAGUGUCCCAGCUGCGGAGUGGGUUUCCUGUACAAUUUUCAACUGCGACGGCACUUCAUCGCGGAACAUCCUGGACUGGCUCCCGCAGGAACCGCAGCCGAUGAGUACCAGUGCCGCUUUCGAUGUGGCCUGUGUGGUGCUCCGCAGAAGUCGCGCCUGGCUCUGCAGCGCCACGAGAAGCACAAGCACCACGUGGCCAAGUACUACUGUGCCAUCUGUCGGUUGGAAUUCGAGACGCCCUUGGAGGCGCGACGCCACCGCAGCUUGAUGCAGCACAAACUAAAGGCCAGGCCAAAGGCGUCAGUCUCACAGCCGGAAAAGGAAAUAGAACAUAUGCUGAGGGAGGUCCUGGAGGAGCCAACUCCGAACCCUCCCGCCAAAAGGAGUAGAGUUGUCAACCUAAAAUGCUCCAAUUGCCGGGAAACUUUCGACUCACCACAGAGUUUGGCCGAACAUCGAACUCAGGUCCAUUCGGCCGACAAUCACUUGUGCCUGAGCUGCGGAACCAGCUUUCAAUCUGCCCAGGCCCUCGGCAGGCACACGAGGAGCUGCCAGCCCCUGGCCAGCACCUCAUCCUCCGCCGCUGAGUCCCUGGCCAAAGGGAAACCCUCCUACUGCUGCGAUCAAUGCAGCUUCCAGUCUCAGUACGAGUCCGAUCUGGUUUAUCAUCGCAUUUUUCACACACGAUCCGGAACGAUUGGGAAAAACGAACUGCUAAAGUGCCCCCUGUGCCCCAAGAACUUCAAGAAGCACUCCCUCAGAGCUCACCUGAGAAACCACACGGAUGAGAAGAUUUUCCAGUGCACAGAGUGCCUGCUGAAGUUCGCCCGGAGACACAACCUAAAGAAUCACAUGGCCACCAUGCACGCGAAAAAAGAAGACCGGGAGAAGGCCAAACUUUCCAAGAAGACGGCUGACGAUCAACCAAAACCCAAAUAUCAGUGCGGAACCUGCGGAAAAAUACUGGCCAAAAAGCAUUCCCUAAAACUACAUGAGCUCAGUCACUCGAAGGAAGUGGAACGUCGACAUCGUUGCCAUUUUGCAGACUGUUCGUAUGCAGGUGUGACCCCAGAAAACCUCAAAAGCCACCUGAUCUCCCACGCCCAGGGAAAACACAAGUGUGAGCGGGACAACUGCAGCUAUGUGGGAAAGAGUAAGCUGCACCUGAAAAGGCACCUCAAGUCGGCCCAUUCCGCGAAGGAGGAGGGUGGUGCGGAGUGGUUCUCGUGCGAUCAGUGCGAGUUCAGGGCCCGCAUCAAGAGCCUCCUCCGCCGGCACUCGCUGGUCCACUCCGGCCAGAAGCCCCAUCAGUGUCCCCACUGCGACUUCCAGUGCAGCACGACCGACAACCUGCGCAAGCACAUCAUCAAGACGGGCAAGCAUCCCGGCAAGUUCAUGUACGAGUGCACAAAAUGCUCCGACCAGGCGGCCAGUGAGAUCUUCCGGAGCAACAGCUUCAAGGAUUUUCAGAAGCACUUGGAGACCCACAAAGCCGCCUGA